GAAUACACUCCGCCUGCCUCGCCGCAGCCCUCUAACCAUCCAUAUGCCCACCAGUCUGUCCGCAAAGGCUUUGGCUCUGGACGCUCCCGCCAGCCCGCCCAGCUUCAGAUGGACGUAGCUGUUGCACCCGCCUACGAACGACCUGUAUAUAGCCCGUCGCCUACAGCAAGCCCGCCGCUGCCACCACUGGCCUCGCCCAAGUACGCUGCUCGAUCACGAACGCCGUCCCUGCUCCGCCAUGCUGCCUUGUCGUCGCCUCUGAACAACGGAUACCCACGGGCAGAACAGCCCCAGUCGCCGACGUUCCCUCCAGUCAUGCGCCAGGUCAGCAACCAGAGCGUGACGAGCGAUCCUCGAUCCUUGUUCAACCCGCUUGCCAGCAACCCCGUUCACGCCAAUGGGUCAGAUCCCUUUGCAGACGAAGUGCCCUGGUCACGGACACAGCAGAGGAACCGUGGCAUGACCACAUCGACGCAAACCAGCAUUGCCAGCUAUCAACAAAAUUACCCACCGCUGCGAUCCGCCACGUCCAUACCAGACUAUGGUCCCAUCAGAGCUAGCAAUCGAUCGAACCCAUCCGGAGCCUACAAACCCGACCGUGGCGGGCUGAACUGGUCCCACAACGAUCAGUUCCCUCCGCGUCUGCUCCGUGGCGAAGAGUCACGAGCUAGUGUUCGGUCAGGAUGGACGAAUGCAUCCAGUUUUAUGGAACAGAGUGGCACGGAACGAAGCAGUGUCGCUACAGGCAGGAGCUCUAUUGUGAGCAGUGAUAACAGGGCUAGCACCUAUUCCAGGGACCAGUCUGAGGAGCGCGAUCUAUCAACCGAUACCCUUCCGACCAGUAUCUCGCCCGACGAGGAAGACAUCAUGAGCUCAGUCGAGGACGUGAUUGACGCCUACUUUGACGAGCCCGAGGACAUGGACUCCGAGCCUCUCCGCGGAGAUAAUGUUGGCGACCGUGGCUCAUCGACGCAGGACUCGGACGCCGGGCACAAUGAUCGCUCGUCUAAUUACUCGCAGGACAUCAGUCGCCCAACAUCAUCAUAUGCUCCCGUUCAUGAGCAGCUCGCGCACACUAAUUCACACAAUAGAGAGCUCUCAAAGAUUACCGAGCGAAACUCACGGGGAAGCUCUCAAAACCACUCCGAUAACCACAAGAUGCAAGAGAUUCAUAAAGAACUUGCCAGCCUGCCCCAAAUCCCUCGGAGUAAAUCGCGACUGUCGCGGCAAGACUGGGCAGAGUUCGAGGGCUACGCAAAGCGGCACUCUAGAGGACCGAGCGCUGCACUGCGUGCGCUUACUGAGGCCUCGACCACUUCUCCACCCAAAAGAUCUUCCCCGUUGCCCGAGGUGGAUGAAGACGAGGCCUUCCCUCGCCGCGCGUCCACGAGCAUCUUUGAUCGCAAGAGCACGUUAUUCGACCUCAGCAGCUUCAAACCUGCGCCACCCAGCAAGUCCAUGACUACCAACUUCGGCACGAACAAGCCCCAUGCCAGACCUUCGGCGGGAUUAAAGAAGUCAGCGGCUAUAGGUGUAGAGCGAGAUCGCUAUGGUUUUAAGAAGGCCUCCGACAAGAUCAGCGUGCAAGAAUACAACGCAUGGCACCCGAAGUAUGAGGACUACAUCACGCGCAGGUCGAACAAGUGGACCGCUUUGAUGAAAAAGUCCGGACUAUCGACCAAGAACCCCACGGAAUUCCCAGAAGCAUGCGACAAGGUCAAGCGCUACGCCCGGAAAGGCUACCCACCAGAGUGGCGCGGAGAGAUGUGGUGGUUCUAUUCCGGCGCACAGUACAAAUCACGACAGAUGGCGGGACUCUAUCGGUCCCUGGUCGCUCGGGUCGAGAACGGUGAACUCAACAAAGACGAUCGUGAGGCCAUCGAACGGGAUCUCGAUAGGACGUUUCCUGAUAACAUCCACUUCCGACCCGAUCUGAAGUCAGCGCGAUUCAGCGACGGAGGUGACGAUGAGCCAUCGAUGGUUCGAGACCUCCGCGAGGUCCUAUCUGCGUUCGCCUUGCACAACCCCGGUAUUGGGUAUUGCCAAUCCUUGAAUUUCAUUGCAGGACUAUUGCUUCUCUUCUUGAAGCAGGAUACCGAGCGAGCCUUUAUCCUGCUGACAAUCAUCACCCAAAAUCAUCUUCCCGGGGCACACGCCCGGAACCUCGCCAACACCGAGGUCAACGUCUUGAUGAUGUUGAUACGCGACUACCUACCCAAAGUUUGGGCUUCGAUCAACGACACGGACAUUGUCAACAGCGGCCUCGGCUCCAAAGCGCAUCCCGAAUCCAAGUUUCAGCGGCAGCCGACCGUCGCGCUUUCGUGCACAUCCUGGUUCAUGAGCGUCUUCAUCGGGGUCCUUCCCAUCGAGACUGUUCUCCGUGUCUGGGACGCCUUCCUCUACGAAGGCCCGCGCGCCCUGUACCGCUACGCCCUCGCCGUCUUCAAGCUUGGCGAAGGUGAGAUCCGCAAGUACCGCCCCGGCGACGGCGAGCUCUUUAUGGCCGUGCAGAACCUACCGCGCCGCUGCCUGGACGUAAAUACUCUCCAUGACAUCGCAUUUGUCAAGAAGGGCUUCGGCAGCCUCACGCAGAACGUCAUCGACCAGAAGCGGCAGUUCUGGCGCGAGCAGAACGAGCGCUCCGCAAGCCAGCGGAAGAGGCCCGGUCCGCAGGCCAUUGUCCCGCGGCCAGAUACAGCGGGCGGUGACGAAGAGGGGAAGAAAGGGCUCGGUGGGCUGCGGCGCCGCGCGAGCAAGAGAUUCCUGAGGAAAAGG